ACUCCUUCGAGAUCAAGUAUUUUUGACUAAAAUAAUAACGUGCCAGUUUGUUACUUUCCCGAAGUUGGAGUAAUAACAUGUUCAAAUACUUAAUACAUUGGUUCGAAUCUAGGUUUUGCUUUUAGAUUUCGAGAAAAUGUACAACUAAGGAAUCAUUUUACACUUCUAACUUCUCAAACCCCAAAUCACGGCAUCGGUCGACUUCCUACAGUCUUCUUCCCAGCGGUCCCGGUAGACUCGGGAUGUUGAGUCUGGGUUUAGGAAUUCUGGUUAUGUAAUUUCCUCAUGAAGUUGAAAGUACGUUUGCAGGCGAAUGCACUUACAAAAUGGAUGUUGAAACUGUGGCGCACAUUUCUCGGCAACAUUAGAAGUCGGAUAAAAGUAUUGAUUUGAAGGAAAGACGAGCAGACUCUGGGGUCAGUUCUCUAAAAUGAGUCACUCUGGGGAGAGAGAGGAGGGGGGCCCUGCCUCUAAAAUGAGACACUCUGAGGAGAGAGAGGAGGGGGGCCCUGCCUCUAAAAUGAGACACUCUGGGGAGAGAGAGGAGGGGGGCCCUGCGUCUAAAAUGAGACACUCUGGGGAACAUGACAUCAAAACUAAGAGGGUUCAGUGCUCUAACAGGAGUCUCUCUGGGGAGAGAGAGGAGGGACCUGCCUCUAAAAGGCGUCUCUCUGUGGAGAGAGAGGAGGGACCUGCCUCUAAAAGGAGCCUCUCUGGGGAGAGAGAGGAGGGGGGCCCUGCCUCUAAAAGGCGUCUCUCUGUGGAGAGAGAGGAGGGACCUGCCUCUAAAAGGCGUCUCUCUGGGGAGAGAGAGGAGGGACCUGCCUCUAAAAGGCAUCUCUCUGGGGAGAGAGAGGAGGGGGCCCCUGCCUCUAAAAUGUGGCUCUCUGGGGAACAUGACACCAAAUCUAAGAGAUGGCAGCAUAAGACCAUGAAGCAUCAGUUAUAGGUUAUAGUCUACAAGCAGCAAUAUGAUGGACCAUGAAGCAUCAGUUAUAGUCUACAAGCAGCAAUAUGAUGGACCAUGAAGCAUCAGUUAUAGGCUACAAGCAGCAAUAUGAUGGACCAUGAAGCAUCAGUUAUAGUCUACAAGCAGCAAUAUGAUGGACCAUGAAGCAUCAGUUAUAGACUACAAGCAGCAAUAUGAUGGACCAUGAAGCAUCAGUUAGUCUAUAAGCAGCAAUAUGAUGGACCAUGAAGCAUCAGUUAUAGACUACAAGCAGCAAUAUGAUGGACCAUGAAGCAUCAGUUAUAGGCUACAAGCAGCAAUAUGAUGGACCAUGAAGCAUCAGUUAUAGUCUACAAGCAGCAAUAUGAUGGACCAUGAAGCAUCAGUUAUAGUCUACAAGCAGCAAUAUGAUGGACCAUGAAGCAUCAGUUAUAGUCUACAAGCAGCAAUAUGAUGGACCAUGAAGCAUCAGUUAUAGUCUACAAGCAGCAAUAUGAUUGACAUAAAAUAGCAUGCAACCACAGACUAUAUGUCCCAUGAUUUUCUAAAAUGGUCACUCAUUACUUUAGUUAUCUAUACAUCUCGUAUUAGGCCUGUGUUGCUAUUGGGAGAGCAAAAAUUUAGUGAUUAUAGCAGGUAUUGAACCCCGGGUAAAUAAUCACUAGUCAGAACCUCAACCUCAGUAUACAUUCAUUAUAACAGUCAAAAAUUCAACCCUCCCGGUUAGUAAAUUUAUCUCAACAUGCCACUCGAGAAGGCAGGGUGACAACACAAGCUUUUUAGUGGGGAUGAGUUGACUACUUGCUCGAGAAGGCAGAGCAGCUUGAUGCUGGUCGAUUAAUUUUACAAUGAAUGUACUAUGAAAAUAAGUUUUUCUCAACCAGAGAUGACUGAAUUAAUGUUCAGGCUUAUUGGUAAUUGUUAUAUUAAUGAAGUAUCAUUUCAAAACAAGAGCAUAAAAAAGGUAAUAAUAAACAUGAAUCAUCA